AUAGGAAACAUAAACGACGGAAUUCCUGGGCAGGGGAUUCGCGGGGCACGGUGCGUCCGACUUUAUAUAAAAUCUGGGACGCCGGCCGGCCGGCAUUCGCUUCGUUUGUUGCGUUCAGUUCGUUUUGUGUUUGCUCCGUUGUUUUAUCUAAACCACCAACAUGCCAAUCGAUUUCUACUAUAUUCCCGGAUCUGCCCCAUGCAGAGCCGUACUUCUGGCUGCCAAAGCCGUUGGCGUCGAUCUGAAUCUGAAGAUCACCGACUUGAUGAAGGGCGAACAUCUCACCCCGGAGUUCAUCAAGCUUAACCCACAACACACAGUUCCCACAAUCGAUGACAAUGGUUUCGCAUUGUGGGAAAGCAGGGCCAUCAUGACAUACUUGGCCAGUCAAUACGGAAAGGAUGACUCAUUGUAUCCCAAGGACCCCAAAAAACGCGCCCUUGUUGAUCAAAGACUGUACUUCGACAUUGGAACUCUUUACCAAAGAUUUGCCGAUUAUUACUACCCAGUAUUUUUCAUGGGAGGCGAAUACGAGCCAGCAAAACUCGAAAAGAUCAACGAAGCCUUCAAAUUUUUCGAUGGUUUCUUGCAAAACCAAGAAUACGCCGCAGGAAACACACUGACUUUGGCCGAUUUGACACUUGUUGCCACAGUCAGUACCUACGAAGUGGUUGGUUACGACUUGACCCCAUACCCGAACGUCAGCAAGUGGUUGGCCAAGGUGAAAGCCACAGCUCCUGGAUACGAAGAGGCUAACGGCAAGAACGUUUUGAUCUUCAAACAGUUGGUUGACACUUUGACCAAGAAGUGAUUAUCUAAAUUGUAGAUGUUUAAGCUUUAAUAAUAUUUAAUAUUGUCCAAUAUUUUUAUGCUUUAAAAGCACAAGAUUUUUUAAUAAAGUUAUUUUUACACUAUAAA